CGUAAUUAAUACCCACAAAAAAUGGCCGAUGUUUAUAAGAUUAGUGUUAUUAUAUUACAAGAUUUUAUUAUUAUCGAAUAAGAUAAUAAGUGAUCUUUUAAGAUAAUUUUCAAUCAGUGAUUUUGCAAUUAUGACAAUUUUUAACCCAGGCUUAUGUCUGGGAAAGAAAUGAACUUGUUGGGGUGUUUAUUGCCAUGUUCACUGAAACGCGGUUGGUGGAAUUUUGAAGGAACGGAGAGACACGGAGUGCGCACCGACCUGCUGGUUGCCGCCCCUAGGACAAUGGGUGCAAGUGCAUCAAACACAGCUAGUGUAUCAGGUGUUACGGAUAUGCCGCUACCACAAUCGUUUCAAGGUACACCUGGUGCAGUGCCAUUGUCAUCAUCGCAACAGGACGGUGUUAUUGUACGUGAACGUAAAAAGAAGGUAACUGGUUUUGCAACAUUACGUAAAAAAUUUAUCCGUCGACGCAGAUCAUCGAAGGCGUGUGAUCAUGGACGUAUGUUACGUGAAUUAGUUGCCGAUUGGAGUCCAUUAGAGUUAGCUGCAUUAUUGGAAGAGUAUGAAGCAUUAGCUGCAUUGAAAGAUUUAAGUUUUCAAGCGGAAUUAGCUCGACCACCAGCGACAACAUUUAAACAAGAUUUAAGUGCACUUUACGAUUUUAAAUAUUGUACGGAUGCUGAUUUAGUGUUUCGUGGCGCAUGUUUUCCCAUACAUCGUGCAUUAUUGUCUGCACGGUGUCCAUAUUUUCGUGAUUUAUUAGCUGGAUGUCCUGGUUAUGGGGCACGUAUUUGUUUAGAAUUAAAUCGUACCGCUUCAUUAGAUGUACAACUGUUUUCGGCAUUAUUACGGUACUUGUACACGGGCGAUAUAUGCCCACAUGAAAGUAACAUCGAUUUAGAAUUGUUACGACGUUUAGGUGAAGAAUUCGGUACACCAAAUCCACUCGAACACGAUUUACGUUAUUUAUUGGAAACGGGUGAUUACGCAGACGCAGCAUUAGUAUUUACAUCGGAUGGUAGUGAUUAUCAACGUCCGGAUUCCGGUAGUUCUGAAUAUGGUUUUCGUCCAAAAUUAGAAUUACCAUGUCAUAAGGCGAUAUUAAGUGCAAGAUCACCAUUUUUUAGGAAUUUAAUACAACGUCGUUCGCGUACGGGUGAAGAGCACACCGAACGAGCUCUUCAUAUUCCUACUCGAAUUGUUCUCGAUGAGUGUGUCAUUCCAAAACGGUAUGCACGUGUUCUGUUACACGCUGUAUAUUUAGAUACCGUUGAUCUAUCGUUAAUUUUACGUGGUGGGGGUUGUGGAGCUGGAUCAGGAAGUUUAGGUGAAGUGCAAGCACUUACACAUACCGGACGAAUGCGACCAUCACCGUUGGAGGAAGCUAUGGAAUUGUAUCAAAUUGGACGAUUUUUGGAAUUAGAUAUUUUGGUACAAGGUUGUGAAGAUAUUAUUAUCGAAUGGUUAUCGUUAAAUUCAUUACCGACUGUGUUACGUUGGGCCUCGCAACCGCACGGUUCAGCUUGGGUGUAUCGUCAAGCGUUACACUUUUUACGUGAAGAAUUUCAUUUAGUUGCGCAAUCACCGGUUUUGUAUCAAUUGGAUAAGGAACAUUUAAUAAGUGUGUUAAAAAGUAAUUUUUUACAAGCGAGUGAACUAGAAGUAUUACAAGCGAUAUUAAAAUGGGGUGAACAUGAGCUAACUCGUCGAAUGGAAGAUAGAGAACCAAAUUUAUUAAGUCAUACAGCGCAUUCGGUGACUCGUAAAGGUGUGAAAAAACGUGAUUUAAGCGAUGUCGAAUUACGUGAAAUACUCAGCGAUCUAUUCCCAUUAGUCCGAAUGGAUCAUGUUCUGCCACAAAACAGCGAGGUGUUACAACAAGCGAUCAAACGUGGUUUAGUCAGUACCCCACCAUCACAUAUAAUGGGCGAUGAUCGUGAAAAUUUACGUGUAAACGCAUGGAUACGAUGUCGUAACAAUAACGGUUUAUUUGUACGGCCACGAUUUUUUAUGCCUUAUUAUGAAGAAUUAAAGCUAUUGGUUGAAGAUCAAUUAGUACAGGAAGUACAAAGAUUACGUAUGCAUCGAUAUAUGCCCGAUAUACCAGACACCCUGUAUAUGGUUGAUGAUAAACCACGUUCAGCGAAUACUGCCGGUUUAGAUGUUUUAGCUGCCGCGUUACCAGUUCCCGAUGGUAUGACGUUGUGCGCAAUGUUGAAACGUGUUAGUAAAUUAAAACAAACACCGAUUUGUCAGCGUGCAAUUGCGUCACCGUUAUCUUCACGUGCGGAAAUUAAUCGUCAAAUUAAAUUGCGUGUUGUACGUGAAUUUAAUUUACCGGAUGCUGUGGCAGAUGUACUCGAUAAUACGGCAAUGUUUCGUCAUGAGGAGCAUGAAGAACAGAAUCGUGUUGAACACGAUAAUGGUCCAUCACAAUUACAAUCGAUAUGUCCAUCACCUGAUAGGAAUAAUUUACGUAGCCAACAAACCCCACAAGUUCCAGGUCAACAAGCUCAUGGUCCAAUAUGUUAUGGUAGGAAUUUAACAUUCCCACGAUUUGGCAACAGUGGUAUGGCACAACGUAACGAAUUACCAGCGAUUGUAACAGAAGGUGAUGCAUUCCGACAUUUGGGUGGUGAACCCGAAUCAAGUUCAUGCAGUGAUGGACAUUUAUCGGAUAUAAUGCCAGAUGUUGCAAUGGCAACCGCCAGUUUCGGACAAUUACAAUUACAAGAACAACAAGAAUUGGAAUUAGAUUUAGGUGAUGGUGCUUCACACAUGCAUAAUCAAUUAUUGCAACAAGGUGGUGGGGCAACAUCAUCGAAUAAUCCAUUUCAUGUGGAAACAAAUCGAGCUUCACAUUCGUCAGCGGCUUGCUAUCGUUAUCUAGGUAAUAUGUUUGGACCGCCAAUGAACUAUUAUAGUGCGUCACGUGUUAAUGGCGGUAACAAUGAUGGUACAAAUAAUACACCGAUGGAGUCAGGAUAUCAUACAGGACCACCCCGUUAUCUUUAAAUAAGGUUUUAGUAAAUAAGUUGUUAAUAAAAAUACCAAGUACAAGUAAAAAACAAACAAAAAAAAACGACCCACUGUUUGGCGAUCGCUGAUUCACAGAAUCAAAUAAUUUUCAAAUUGUAAAUUAUUUUUCAUUAUGUAUAUUUUUAUUGCGUUUUUCCACGAUCCUUUAUUUAUAUAUAUAUAGAUGAAAAAUUCAAAAAAAGUAAUUUAUUUUGAAAAAAAAAAAUUUAGUUUCUAGUUCGCCAUUUUGUUUACAACAAAAUAUUAGUACAAUCAAAACCUAUUAUAACGACAUUUGGCGACGAUCGACGAAAGGUUUUUAAAGCACCGUACAAUUUCGAUCGUUAAAGCGAUGUUUCGUUUGCGCAAGUCAGAUAUUCCAAAAUAAAUGUUGGGGUUGGGGCAAGAACAUGACGUGAAACGCGCCCUUGACUGAAUUUUCGGCGCCUAUUUGUGCGGAGUCUAGUCAUCCUUCGUUGCGUACUUGGUACUGCGCAACCGGCUGUCUUCAAUUUUUUGUCGCUUGUUUUCAAUAAGCGACAAAAAUUUUAAAAUAAAAGACAGCCGGAUUCGCAGUACAAAGUACGCAACGACCAAGGAUUAGACCUCACCCAGAUAGGCGUCUUUUUUUCUGCUACCCUCUCCAUGCAAGUUUCACGACCUAAUCAGGUUCAAAAUAAAGUGCGUACAACUCAAAGUUUUUGUUUGUUAUAGACGACUGAACGAAUUUUAAUGGUAUUUGGUCGUUAUAACCGAAAUAUAUCGUUUUAUCCGAUGUUGUUAUAAAAAAUAUGUUCAGACGCCUAAUAACAGAUUCGUCGUUAUAAACGAUGUCUCUAUAAUCGAUUUUGAUUGUAAUUAUUUGAUUUUGUAAAUGUUUUCUUUAGAAAAGACGAAAAAAAAACGAUGAUUUAAAAAUAUUAUAUAUAUAUUAAAUUGCGCAGACUCGUAUCGCGCACCGAACGACACAUGUGAUUUUCU